AUGGAAAAAUUUAAUCAAGUAAUUUCUAGCCUAAAAAACUUUGAUCUCAAGUCUAUUGCUAAUGAUAAAGUUGUUGUAUGUCUAGCAGUAAUAGGCUUAGCAACAUCUACUAGAUAUGUGGCUAAUAGGAUAUUAGAACUUAAAAAUAAACCAAAAUCAUCAAAGACUUCUUAGUUGAAGCAAAUAUAUGAUGGAGAAUGGGCUUUAGUGCUAGAUUUCUCUGAGGAAAAUGGCUUACAACUAGCCUUGAACCUCGCAAAGGAGGGCUAUAACAUUAUGACAUUCGUGAGAAACAGCUAUGAUCAUCAUGAGAUCUUUAAGCACAUUGAAGAGACCUACAAAGUUAACACAAAGGCUGUUGUUUAUGAUAUCAGAAACUUAAGUGAUGUAGCUUUCUACGAGGAUUUCUCUAAAACCUUAAACUCGAUUGAAGAUGACUUUUCAGUAAUUGUCAGUAAUUUAAGAACAUUAGCAGCUAACAGAGAGAAUGAUGCUAUUGAGGGCUAAGAUGGAGAAGGUAAAUCAUUCUAGAAUGUCUUAGAUUAAGUGAAGUAGAAUAUUGCACAGUAACUCUUUUUAUAUAAGGUGCUUCAGCCAAGAUUAUUGAAGAGAUAUGACUCAGCCAACAAAAAGGGUGCCAUUAUAAAUAUUCAGUUCCUUGAUGCUGCAAAGUCUGAUCCAUAUACAGCAGCAUAUGCUUCCUAAAAAGCCUACGAGUAUACAGUUGGGAUAGGACUAGGAGAGGAAUAAGAAUAAGGUUUGGAUAAGGUCGAUAUCUUGUCUGCUCUUCAAGUUGAAAGUGACAUUGUCAUUACUAAAGAAGGAGAAAAAAGUGAGGUUAUUAAGGAGUUAUCUGAUGAAACUGGAAAACAGUAGAAUGAGGAAUUAUAAAAACUGCAAAUGGAUAUAAGAGAGUAUGAAUUCGUCCCUUAGCACUUGUAUAACUAACACAUUCUAAAUAACAAGUAAAAACAGUAGAGUGAGAGUUUCGGUGUCUGGCCCUUCAGAAGAGAGAUAUAAUAAUUACCACAAAAUAAAAAGUGA